UGAUCCGUCCCCAGCGCCGCCAUUUUGGAGCUCCGGAUGAGGAGGGGGAAAGCGGGGGAAAAGAGGGAAAAGAGCCGGGAGAGAGGUGGGCAAGGACAAGGGCGAGGGCACGGCCGGGUCCUGGCUGGCCAAAGGAGGCUCGCGGAAGCAGCAGCCACCGCCUGACCGCAGCUGGAUUUUGAAGAUUGAUCCAAGGGACUGUAUUAAUUUCAGGAAUUGAUUUGAAAGACACUGGCUCUGCCACUUAACAGCCAUGUAACCUUGGAUAUGGAAGAAAGUAGCAGUGUUGCCAUGUUGGUGCCAGAUAUUGGGGAACAGGAAGCUAUAUUGACUGCUGAAAGUAUCAUCAGUCCUUCACUGGAAAUUGAUGAACAAAGAAAAACUAAACCAGAUCCAUUAAUCCAUGUUAUCCAGAAGUUAAGCAAGAUAGUGGAACAUGAAAAGUCACAAAAAUGUCUUUUAAUUGGAAAGAAACGCACACGUUCAAGUGCUGCAACACACUCUCUUGAAACCCAGGAGCUUUGUGAGAUUCCAGCUAAAGUAACCCAGUCACCUGCUGCUGAUACUAGAAGAACUGAGAUGUCACAAACAAAUUUUACCCCUGACACUCUUGCCCAGAAUGAAGGGAAGGCCAUGUCUUAUCAGUGUAGCCUUUGUAAGUUUCUGUCAUCAUCCUUUUCCGUGUUAAAAGAUCAUAUUAAGCAGCAUGGUCAGCAGAACGAAGUGAUACUAAUGUGCUCGGAGUGCCAUAUUACAUCUAGAAGCCAGGAGGAACUUGAAGCUCACGUGGUGAAUGACCAUGAAAAUGAUGCCAAUAGCCACACCCAAUCCAAAGCCCAACAGUGCGUAAGCCCCUCCAACUCUUUAUGUCAGAAAACCACAGAAAGAAGUAACGAAGCCAUUCCAGACGUCCCCGUAAGUGUGGACAAUCUGCAGACUCAGACUGUCCAAACUGCAUCUGUGGCAGAAAUGGGUAGGAGGAAAUGGUAUGCAUACGAACAGUACGGCAUGUAUCGAUGCUUGUUUUGUAGUUAUACUUGUGGCCAGCAGAGAAUGUUGAAAACACACGCUUGGAAACAUGCUGGGGAGGUUGAUUGCUCCUAUCCAAUCUUUGAAAAUGAAAAUGAGCCCCUAGGCCUGCUGGAUUCUUCAGCAGCCUCUGCGCCUGGUGGGGUCGAUGCAGUGGUCAUUGCUAUUGGAGACAGCGAACUGAGUAUCCACAAUGGGCCAUCAGUGCAAGUGCAGAUUUGCAGCUCAGAACAGUUGUCAUCUUCAUCUCCUUUAGAACAGAGUGCAGAAAGGGGAGUACACCUAAGUCAGUCAGUUACCCUGGACCCCAGUGAGGAAGAAAUGCUGGAAGUGAUUUCUGAUGCAGAGGAGAAUUUGAUUGCUGAUAGCCUCCUUUCAUCGGCACAAAAAAUCAUCAGCAGCAGCCCUCAUAAAAAAGGUCAUGUUAACGUGAUAGUGGAGCGAUUGCCGAGUGCUGAAGAAACCCUUUCACAGAAGCGCUUUCUCAUGAACACUGAAAUGGAAGAGGGAAAGGACCUAAGCCCAACAGAAACCCAGAUUAGGCAUGAAGGAAUGGACGAUGUUUAUCGUGCUGAUAAAUGUACUGUUGAUAUUGGGGGGUUGAUCAUAGGCUGGAGCAGUUCAGAGAAGAAAGAUGAGUUAAUGAAUAAAGGCCUGGCUACUGAUGAGAAUGCCCCACCGGGCCGGAGAAGGACAAAUUCUGAGUCUCUUCGACUGCAUUCAUUAGCUGCAGAAGCCCUCGUCACAAUGCCUAUAAGAGCUGCAGAGUUGACAAGAGCCAACCUGGGGCACUAUGGGGAUAUAAACCUUUUAGAUCCAGAUCCUAGUCAAAGGCAAGUAGAUAGUACGUUGGCAGCAUAUUCAAAAAUGAUGUCACCACUUAAAAACUCUUCAGAUGGAUUAACUAGUCUUAACCAAAGCAACUCCACCUUGGUGGCACUCCCAGAGGGUAGGCAGGAAUUGUCAGACGGGCAGGUUAAGACAGGCAUCAGCAUGUCCCUACUCACCGUCAUUGAAAAAUUGAGAGAAAGGACAGACCAAAACGCAUCAGAUGACGACAUUUUAAAAGAGCUGCAGGACAACGCCCAGUGCCAACCCAACAGCGAUACGAGUUUGUCCGGAAACAACGUGGUGGAAUAUAUCCCGAAUGCUGAACGACCCUACCGUUGCCGCCUGUGUCACUACACAAGUGGCAACAAGGGCUACAUCAAGCAGCACUUACGAGUCCAUCGACAGAGACAGCCUUAUCAGUGUCCUAUCUGCGAGCACAUAGCUGACAACAGCAAAGAUUUGGAGAGCCACAUGAUCCACCACUGUAAGACAAGAAUAUACCAGUGCAAGCAGUGUGAAGAAUCCUUCCAUUAUAAGAGUCAAUUGAGGAAUCAUGAGAGAGAACAGCACAGUCUUCCAGAUACCUUGUCGAUAGCAACUUCUAAUGAGCCAAGAAUUUCCAGUGAUACAGCCGAUGGAAAAUGUGUCCAGGAAGGAAAUAAAUCUUCAGUCCAGAAACAGUAUAGAUGUGAUGUGUGUGAUUAUACAAGUACAACGUACGUUGGUGUCAGAAACCACAGGCGAAUCCAUAACUCUGAUAAGCCAUACAGAGGACAUUUGGCCUUUUGGCAACGUCUGGAGACUUUACUGUGUUUGUCACAACUGAGUUGGAGAGAGUGCUACUGGCAUUUAGUGAGUAGAGGCCAGGGAUGUUGCUGGACAAUCUGCAGCGCCUCAGACAAGCCCCCGCAGUGAAGAAUUGCCCCAAAUGUCAAGAGUACAGAGGCCAAGCAACUCUUUUCUAGAUCUCACUCCCAGUUCACAAGAAACAUGAAGGACAUAGGGACAUUAUGAUAAACUACAUCACCAGAAAGUCCUCUGUGUAGUCCAUGCUAUGAGAGAUUCUGCAAGGCAGAUGGCCUGGUAUCUUCAACAGAUACAUGCAUGAUGGGCGACUGGAAAGAAAGAAGAGCUAUUAUAGAUUAAAAGAGACUUAAGAGACUUAGCGACCAAAUAUGAAAUGUACAUCUCAUUUGGAUCCUAAUUUGAAUAAGACAUGUCUGCAAAAAUCAAGCAAGUUUAAGUUAGGAGAAUACAUGAAACAAGAUUGGCAAGAUGCCAGCAAUCAGUUAUUGAAACUAGAUGGUACAGAUUCAUCACAUUUUUAUUUAUAAUUUUGUCUUUGUUUAACAACUUCCAUAAUCAGAAAUUUUAAAAUGAAUAUUGAUUUUUUUUUAGAUUUAGUCGCAGCAACACCAAUAAAAAUAUGCCUUUUCUCUUUCGAUCCUUUGAAAUGGUGACUCAAUAAUGAAUCUCCUAAUACUGAACUGUCUGUAUUCCUAGAAUAAGCCCCUCUUAAAAGAAUGAGCACAUGCUGGUGCACAAAUAAGGUUUAUAGAGUGUGUGCCCAAAAGCUUUAAGUGCCUAAAAUUUUUAUACAAAGAGGAUUGUCAAUAGUCAGAAUUCUAUUUUCUGCAUAAACAAUAGAGAAUUCAGUGGAAUUCCACUAAUUCCAUCCAAUAUGAAAUGCUAGGCAGCCUUUAAAUAUUUUAUUAUAGUCAUUUAAUAGAAAGGUUAAAUUAUAUUAACAGAAGACUUCCAUGAUUCCAAUUUUAUAAAAGUAAUAUCUGUAUUUUUAAAUACUGGAAAAUAAACAUCAAAAUAAUAAUGCUUA